ACCGCCACAAAACCACCUCCUUCGUCGUCUUCCUAAACCUCGUAUAAAAUCGACGAUUUUCGAUGCAAAACCAGCGAGCAUCUGUCAUUUUUGGUCAGGAGAAAACAUCGCUGCUCAGUGAUUGCAAAAGUACUGCCGAAAAUACUGCAAUAACGCGUGCAAUACCAUGUUUAACGAUGCUGUUGCAACGGCAAACAUUCAAACUAUUAUUAUAAGGAAAUAGAGUAUACAGCUGAUUAACUUCGCCGACAAAAAGAAACAAAGUUGACCGUAGGACGCGAUCCGGAUCGGGUGGACGUGCGUGAUCGAGCAAGGGCUGCUGUGACGUGUCGAAAAUGACGGGCUGCGCACGAACGCAGUUCCUUCACUUUCUUACACACAGCAGGGAAGCAUAUUUUACGGUUUAAUACAACACACUGUUUCCUUAAAGCAAUAAAUGCUCCUGCGAGUAAAGGUCGCUGUUUAUUCACCAUGAGUUACUCUAUAGUCAGUGGGAGGAGAGAAAGCGAGAGAGAGUAGGUUGGCUUAAAAGCGCGUGAACGCCAGAGGAAAGCGCUCUUCAACAGAAUGAGAGAAUCGAUCAGCUGACCUUCUGUCUUAUUACUACUACCGAUAAGCCUCGCAUACUGAAAGGAUUGUAUUUACGUUGCCCUUUUCCCCAUGAUUUGAGCGGGAUUAUCAAAAAACGGGAUUAUUAAUGUUGUGAUAAUUAACUGGAAUUCAUUAAGUUUAAAGGACAGGGACAUUAGCACUAUGUCGCUUUACGUUGAAGGUCUGAGUAAAGAGUUAUUGAGCAACUCCAACGGGAUGGCUCAGUUUCAGGAAGUGAUGCGACAGCAGCUGGAGAGCUCUAUGUAUGUUGAGCUUGAGAAACUCUUAAGCACAGCCAAAGGUGCAGGUGCUGAGGUCUCUAAGAAGGACUUCGAAGGCUUUAGGAAGUUAUUCCACCGAUUCCUCCAAGUCAAGGGACCUUCAGUAGAGUGGCCGAAAAUCAACAGGCCCCCUGAGGACUCGAUCCAGCCAUAUGACAAGAUUAAGGCGAAGGGUCUACCUGACAACAUAGCAGACAGUCUGAAUAAGCUGGUAGUGGUGAAGCUGAAUGGAGGUCUGGGAACCAGCAUGGGCUGCAAAGGGCCCAAGAGCCUCAUUAGUGUCCGCAACGAGAACACUUUCCUGGACCUGACCGUCCAACAGAUCGAGCACUUAAAUAAAACAUAUAACGCUGAUGUUCCAUUGGUGCUCAUGAACUCUUUCAAUACGGAUGAAGAUACCAAGAAGAUCCUGCAGAAGUACACGCACCACAGAGUCAAGAUACACACUUUCAACCAGAGCAGGUAUCCACGAAUAAAUAAGGAGUCUUUGUUGCCAGUUGCUAAGGACAUGGGUAUGACAGGAGAGAAUGGAGAUGUGUGGUAUCCUCCUGGACACGGUGACAUUUACGCCAGCUUUUAUAACUCUGGUCUGCUGGAGCAGCUCAUCGCAGAAGGGAAAGAAUACAUUUUUGUGUCCAACAUUGAUAACCUGGGUGCAACAGUAGAUCUGUAUAUACUCAACCACCUAGUGAGCCAGCCCAACGGCAAACGCUGUGAGUUCAUCAUGGAGGUCACAGACAAGACUAGAGCUGAUGUGAAGGGAGGUACGCUCAUUCAGUAUGAUGGUAAGCUUCGGUUACUGGAGAUUGCCCAGGUCCCCAAGGCUCAUGUAGAUGAAUUCAAAUCCGUGACCAAGUUUAAGAUCUUCAACACCAACAAUCUGUGGAUCUCUCUAUCUGCCAUAAAGAGACUACAGGAACAGAAUGCCAUGGACAUGGAAAUCAUAGUCAACCCUAAGACAAUAGAUGGGGGAUUGAAUGUUAUUCAGCUGGAGACCGCAGUAGGUGCUGCCAUCAAGUGCUUUGAUAAUGCCUUGGGCAUCAACGUGCCUCGCAGCCGCUUUCUUCCUGUCAAAACAACAUCUGACCUCCUGCUGGUUAUGUCCAACCUGUACAGCCUGGAGGCAGGGUCUCUGACCAUGAGCGAGAAACGCGAGUUCCCCACAACUCCUCACGUCAAACUGGGCAGCUCCUUCACCAAGGUUCAGGAAUAUAUCACACGUUUUGAGAGCAUUCCAGACAUGCUGGAGCUGGAUCACUUGACAGUGUCUGGUGAUGUGACUUUCGGAAAGCAUGUUUCUCUGAAGGGAACCGUCAUCAUUAUAGCCAACCAUGGAGACCGAAUUGACAUUCCAGCUGGCUCUAUGUUAGAAAAUAAGAUAGUGUCCGGAAACCUUCGGAUCCUGGACCACUGACGCAUUUAUGCGGAGUGACCUGGAUGAAGAUCAUAUGACCAACCCACACAUGCCACUGUCCAUAUCCUGACCACAGCCACAAAAUCAACAUUCCAGUCCAUUCCAUGAUGGAGAAUAAGUGUUUGGGAAUCUGCAGAUUGUAGAGCACCAACAUUUCUAUGUCAAGAGACCUAGAUGCUGAAUCACUUGAUCGACCAACACCUUCCACUCUCAGAGCCGCCGUCAGUGGUGCUGAUCUCAGCACCAGUGAUCCCAUUCCAGAGACAUUUAUUUUUGUAGUAGUUUGUGCGUUUUUUUUUUUUUGUUUGUUUGUUUUCUGUCCCUUAUUGUUUUUCAAAUGUAAUGUAUGACACAAAUCUCAUUGCUUGGUUUUUGUUUUUUACUCUGAGAAUGCAGUAUUUUUCUCUUGUUGUACCCAUGGAAUCAUAAACUGACCUUGCAGGGUCUGCGUCCUACAUGCUGAAAAAUGUGAAAGAAGUGCAAAGCAAUAAGUGUUGUGUGACAGUGAAGGCUGACGGUUCCGUUUCUAGAAACUGUUCUAGAUCCUAAAAGUUCUGUGGAACUAAAUAAAGUGCAAUAUGGAACAAGAA